CUCACAGACCACAAAAUUAGUAUCAGUGACCGCGUACCACGGUGUGAUACACCAUUCAGUAAUCUGAACUUGACUUAACAUUGUAACCGUAACAAAAAUAUGUGUUUGUUUUGAUAAGAAAAAUAUUAUAUUUUACGCUCAUUUUUCUGCUCUUCAAUCGAUUUUUUUGAUCCAAGGGAUAAGUUUAAAAUCUAAAGAUGGAAGAAAUCAAUCUCGAUCAUGUACAUGAAGCUAAUAGUGACGUCAAUUUAGCAGUUAAAAUAACUGAUGCGUAUAAAGCAUACAACUCAUCGAUCAUUGUAUUAAAUGGAUUUAACAUGAAUGUAAAAAAGGGAACAAUAUAUGGCUUACUGGGACCAAGCGGAUGCGGCAAAACAACAUUACUUUCUUGUAUUAUUGGCCGAGGUAGAUUGGACUCUGGACACAUACAACUUUCUGUAAAAAAGAAAAAAGAAAUAGGUUACAUGCCACAGGACUUAGCACUUUACGACGAAUUUAACAUACUAGAAACUUUUCAUUAUUUUGGGUCUUUGUACGAAAUGUCUUAUAAAGAUAUUGUCGAUAAAGGUAAAAAGUUGAUAAGUUUAAUGGAAAUGCCAUCGGCUGAGACUCAAUUCGGUUCAAUGAGCGGUGGACAACAAAGAAGGUUCUCCCUGUGUACUGCUCUUUUGCACGACCCUAGUUUGUUGAUAUUGGAUGAACCUACAGUUGGACUCGAUCCAAUCAUUAGUGCUAGCAUAUGGGAGUAUUUACAAGAUUUAACAAACCGUGGAAAAACUAUAAUUAUCACAACGCAUUACAUUGAAGAAGCACGACUUGCAAAUACAAUAGGCUUAAUGAGAAAAGGCGUUUUACUAUCUGAAUCACCUCCACUGGAAAUUAUGGCAUCUUGUAAUGCCGAUACACUUGAAAGUGCUUUUUUAAUACUCAGUCAAAAGCAAACUUCAGUUAAUACAGAAAUAAUAGAACAACCAAGAAGAAAAUCCAUACUACAACCACCUACGACGUCACUGGAAAAAUCAUCACUAUUUUCGCUAAUACGGUUCAAAGCUCAAUUAUUGAAACAUUGGUAUUGGAGCGUCAAGAAUUGGACAAUAAUAGUCUUUGUUUGUCUCUUACCAAUUUUCACUAUAUUGAUUUAUAAUUUAACCAUUGGACAUGUCCCACAACCUCUCAAUGUAGGAAUUGUCAACUAUGAAAAUCCUUCACAUUGCUCAUAUAAAUCGUUUGAUUUAUGUGAUGAAGAAAUCCCACUAAGUUGCAAAUUUAUGAAAGAAAUGGAAAAACAUGAUUUUACGUUGAAAAAAUAUAACGAUGAGAACUUAGCAAGACAAGACGCAGAAUAUGGUUUUACGUGGGGUUUCGUAACAUUUGAAAAAAAUUUUACUGAUAUGAUCGGUUUGAAAUUUGGUGAUCCAUCAAAAAUGAGUUCAAAUGAUAUAGAAGAAUCCGCCGUAAAAGCAUCAUUGGAUAUGUCAAACUAUGUAUUAAAAACAAUAAUCCAAGGAAAAUUACAUCAAAGUUAUAAAAGUCUUACUCACGCUUUUGAAAAAUGUAAUAAAACUACAGUAACUACAACGUUAGAUCCAGUACCAAUAACAUUGAUGCCACCUGUAUUUGGACAAUUAUAUGACAUUAAUAUGUCACAUUAUGGAGCUGCAGCAGUAAUAUCCAUAUUGGAAUUAUACUUGACAUUCCUGUUCACAUCGUUAUCAAUUAGUAUGGAAAAAAAUAGUGGUUUAAUUGAUAGGAGUCUUUCUUCAGGACUCACCAUUCUCGAAGUUAUUAUUUCGCAAUUGGUAGUACAAAUUAUAAUGUUAAUCAUUCAAACUACCACAGUUUUCGUAUUACAAUACAUUGUGUUCGACCAUCCAUUCUUAUGUGUAUGGAUUACCCCUUUUCUAAUGGUGUUCUUACAAGGAAUAUGUGGGACAUUUUUGGGUUUUACAGCGAGUAUUACUUUUGAUGAAGAGAAAAUCACUACGUUCUUUGGAGUAUUUUUGGUUAUGUCACAAGUAUUCUUAUGUGGUAUUAUGUGGCCAUUAGAAGCCAUGGAUCCAAUAUUAAAAAAAGUAAGUCUUUUUUUCCCGUUAACUUUAUCAGUUGACGCAUUUAGACAAAUGACUGCAAGAAAUUGGGGAUUAUCUCAACCAAUAGUUAUACAAGGAUUUAUAUCAAUAUUUAUUUGGAUAUUAGUUGCGAUUUUAUUUUUAAUGUUAAGUCUCAAGUUAAAACAAGGUAUUAAAGCGAAAAAAUGA